CCUCAUCUCCUGUGGUGGUGGAGAGGCAGGACUGGACAUCACACCGCUGGUCCGUCCUUCCCCCCCAUCUCUCCUGUCAGAGAUGGCAGUGACACAGUGUCCUCCUGGUCCCGCUGUUCUCAGGUCAGCUCUAGCCAGUCCCAUGUGUUUGAUGAACUGGAGGCCAUCGCCCCGCGGACCAGCUCCUGUCUGUCCCUAGACCACCCACUCAGCCCAGCAGACUGCAGCCCACCUGGUACAGAGAUGUCCCCAGGCCUGGCUGCUCUGACAGUGGGCUGUGACUCAGGGGACCUGGGCUCCCUGUCCCGUGUGCAGCUCCUGCUCCUGGACCGGUCGGACCCUGUGGAGCCCCACUGGCUCGCUGGUCAGGACAAGUACUCCCCAACAGAAGACAGAACAACAGACCUCACGGCGGAGCUCCGAGCCAGAAGACCUCUUAGUCCAAGACUGUACACUACAGACGUCCUGCAGCCCCUCACAGCUGGCAGCUGUGGAGACGGCAGUGUGUCUGAGAGGUGUGUCGCCACAGGCAAAGUCCAGGAACAGGGUGAGCACACAAUGUCCCACACCAAGGAUGGUUCCAGGUCACCAUCGUCAUGGAUCAGUGACUCCAGCCCAUCAGGCAUCAUAUCCGGGUCCACCAGUUCCCAAUGCGAGUCCUGCUGUGAUGGGGAGGAGUCCGAGGGAAGUGACCAAACCAGCCAGGCCCUUACCUCCUUAAAUGACAGGCACAAGGGCCCCAGCCCAGACCAGGGGGUUCCAGUGAAGGAGGAGCCUGGUUGCCCUGAUCGGGGGGAGCGAGGCUGGGCUUCCACAGUGGGCAGGAGAAGACCCGGGAGGCUGGAGCGCAGGAUGCGGGAGAAGGAGCGAAAAAGGGAGGAGAGAAAGACAAAGGUGCUAAACAUCUACUCCAGACUCCAGGACAGCGGGCCCCUUCAGCCCAGCCGCAACAGGGGCCGCUCCAAGUUUGAGGACUUCGACUUCUUGGCAAAGUAUUGCAUUUUCAGCCAGGAGAAGCUGGCAGAAUACAAAAGGGCUUUUGAAGCAGUUGACAGCGAUGCUGAUGGUUACAUCUCCUGUCUGCAAGUGCUGCUGGCACUAAAGAAGAUCAUCCCUCCAGAGCUGCUCUCUGAUGAAGAAGAGAUAUAUGUCUACAGGAUCCUGGAGAUGGUGGAUUUCAGGGUGACAGAUGGACUUACAGACCUGAGGCUCUUUGCUGUGAUUGCGAGCCUGGCGCAGAAGAUAGUCACCAUGGAUGUAUUUAUGCGUUCCCUGAUAAGCAAAAUGGACUUCCAUUCUUUGGCAUUAAAGCUAUACAAAGCAAAGCAGCUGUUCAUGUUCCUGCUGGAGGAGCAGACAGGGGGCGCUGUGGCCCAGCAGGGCUGUAUCAGCGCAGAGCAGCUCCUAGUGGAGCUCAAGGCCGGGGGCAUCCGACCAGAACAAGAGGAAGCCAUCAAACAGGAGCUCCGACACAUCAGCUCCCUGGACCUGCUGGACUUCCUGGCGUACCUGCCCCUCUUCGUCCUAAUCCACAACUCAGUCAUCGCCAACCCACUGGAUGACUCCAGCAACCUGUGAUGUCAUCGGCUACACAGGCUUGAACCCUAUCUGUCAUUAGCUACCACACACUGUGACAACAGGGUUCCCUUUCUAAAACGAUAGCUAAUGCACUUAAAGCUGUUGUUUAGAUGUGUUUUUUUUGGGGGGGGGCACAUUUCAUGUAACAAGGUCGACAUUCUGAGACAUUUCUUGAAAAGGGCUUUGGAGACACCCUUUGGAAUAUGCAUUUAUAAAUAGCCUACUGAAGGUGGACGUCUAAGCUUGAGAAUGGUGCUGUCUAUGGUACUGAAAUAUGCAGGGAUUGUCAGUUGCGGUUCAUGCUGAAUGAGUAAUGCACUGAAUAGGGACAUAACACGUUUAGACUCCAGUUAGAUAAGGGAUACACAAUUGUUGCUCAUGGGGGACCAAAUCCUAAAAUGCAUGAUGCAGGUGCUACUUCGAACUUUUGCACAAAUUAAGCAUUGAUUUAAUGCAUGAUUUAUGCCAAACCUUUGUGCGGGUUUUUAAGAUGGGGGGGUGAAUAUAAUGGUUCUCCACCGCUUUAGUAACUGAGUAAUGUGGCAUUAUGAAAAUAAAAUAAAUGAAGCAUGACCUAA